CGGAAUAAAAUAGAUACCUGUGUCAAUGACGUAUACCUACUGCGAUAAAUACCUACGGACGUUUACAAAAAGAAAUUAUGCUUUUAGUAAUGCAUUGAAGUUUAAUAAUGAUAAUUGUGCCGUUAUCAUCGCGAUUUUAUCUAACACGUUGCGUCCGUUUGGGUGAUAAAUUUGACUGAAGACCAAGGAACGUGUCUAUAAAUAUUCCUAGACGUAAAAUUCGGGUAAAAAAGCGAGAAAAUCGAAUAAGAAAUGGAAGAAAAUGGCAUCGACGAGCUAAUGUAUAAUACCAACGAAGACCAUCCAAUGAAUAAUACUAGCAAUACUAUAGACACUAAGGAGCUGGUUCUGUGUCCGACAGAUAGCUGUGAUGGCACUGGGCACGUAUCUGGCAACUUCGCCACCCACAGAAGCCUGUCCGGAUGUCCCAGAGCCGACCGCUCCCAAAUCCAGCCACAUUCCCAAGAACUGAAAUGUCCUACGCCCGGUUGCGACGGUUCGGGUCACGUAACGGGAAAUUAUUCUUCCCACAGGAGUCUGUCGGGUUGUCCCAGAGCCAACAAACCGAAGAGCAAACCCAGAGACGGUCAGGACUCCGAACCUUUGAGCGCAAGUGGUUGCCCCAUAGCGAACAGGAACAAAAUGCGAGUACUGGAAAGCGGUGGGUCCGUGGAACAGCACAAGGCGGCAGUGGCGGCGGCUACAGCGAUGAAAUUCGAGGGCGUGAAUUGUCCCACACCCGGGUGCGACGGGACUGGGCACAUAAACGGGUCGUUUUUGACCCACAGAUCGCUGAGCGGAUGUCCCGUCGCGGGGCAGACGGUCAAGAAGUCCAAGUACCCCGAGGAUAUGCCGUUUUAUAAGGGAUAUACAGGUAUAGAACAAAGUUCUAACGGGGGCGAAGAUCUUAUGACCCUCGAAGCGGAAAUAUCCGAAUUACAGCGCGAAAACGCCCGAGUCGAAUCGCAGAUGAUCAAACUCAAAUCGGACAUCAACGCCAUGGAGAACCAUUUGGGUCACAGCGAGAAAGAAACGCAAGCGUUGACGCAGCGCUCGAACAACUUGAACGAGUACUACGAGAGCCUGCGUAACAACGUGAUAACGCUCCUCGAGCACGUGAGGCUUCCGGGUGGCGGUACGGCUGGACCUGGAGGUGUGGUGCCCGAAAAAAUCGGUCAGGAAAACUUUGACAGUUACUUGAGCAAAUUGCAGACGCUGUGUACGCCCGAGGGGUACUGUACCGACGAGAAUCGUCCGCUCUACGAAACGGUCAAAAGCGCUUUGCAAGAUUUCACGGUACUACCGACUCCCAUUUAAGUAUUUGUGUCGUUCCAGACCAUUAAAGACAUUAAAGACAAAAAACUCUGUGAGUGUGACGGUGCUAUGGGUUUAUUUUGUGUACGGGGUUUGCGAAAAUUCAUUUGAGACGCUUAAAAUCACAAUGAUAAAUGAUUUUUUGCUGAAAUGAGGCAUUUUUACAAACCUCCUCUUUGCCAAAAACUUUUAAAAUUACAGGAAACUGCCUUUUCGGUGGUUCCGGAGGUGGCUCCAUCUGUUUGUCAAAUUCUAAACGGACUUAU